GUACAAUCCGGACUCUUCUGCGAUGGAUGCGGCCAAGUCCUGUCCGGAGCAGGACUGCAUUUCCUCGGACACGUCCAGCGUCAUUCGGGACCGGGACGAGGAGUUCCACACUCUGCGUCACUCGCUGCUGCUCAUCUCGCUCGCCUGGUCUAUGGUCGUGAGUAUGUUCUUGUGCGGGUGCAGCCUGCCGGUACAGCGCGAGGGCAAGAUGGGCGGAGUCUACAUCCAGCUGACGUUCAUCGACACCAUCAUCAACUUUGGCCAGGGCGUCCUCGCCUUCUUCGUGCUCGGUCUCGACCCCGAGGCCUUCCUAAUGCCACUGCGCAGCAGGUGGAUGCGUCUGCGGUACGGCGGCUCCUGCUUUGGCUCGGCCCUGCGGCGCAAGGCGUCCCGUCCGAGCGACGAUCACGACCACGUGUGCCAGAAGUUCAUCGACUUCUACCUGGAGCAGUGCAUCCAGGAGAUCGUGCGCGAUCGCAGGGUGCAGCAGAAGCUCCUACACGACGUGUUCCUGGGCACGGAGCUGGUGGACUGGCUGCUGCUGCAGGGGCUGGCCGGCAGCAGGCGCGCCGCCGUCCGCUACGCGCGCCGCCUGGUGGCCGGCGGCCUGAUCGAGCACCACCAGCAGACCUACCACUUCCACGACAUGCCCUUCUGGUACCGGCUGACGGCCACCUUUCGCGAGGGCAACGAGCCACGUGCCAAGAUCUCCACCGUCAGCACCACCAUCGUCAACGUCGACUGACUCCGGACCUGACUCUCGGGCAGCGCUCCGGCCGUCAGCGAGACUUCACCCUUCGGCUGUGAAGCCAUUGUUUCCCCUGUCUGUGACGUUUGGCUGUUUAGUGUUUAGCUGACUUCUCGCGGCCCCUGAGAACGCCCGUGAGGCGAGAGCCGGCGCCUUGCCCCUCCCUGGCUGUGUCCUGCUGGGAGUCGGGUCACACCGGCUGGACCGGCGGUCUCCCGUCGCGGAAUCUGGCCAGCGAGAUGCACCGUUCGCCGCUGGUCACCAGGUCGGCGAUGAGCUAAAGCAGGGUCAGACACUUUUCACUGCGUGGCUGCGUGUGAUGCGUGCGCCAGUCCGUCAUAACCGAAUUAGUAAAUGAUGGACAUGUAAGGAAGGUGUUCCGCAUGGUAUAAUACUGUACAUUCUGGAUAAGAGGUUUAUUUACGCAAAACGGAAUGAGUUCGACUUUAUGUCACUUUGUUUCAAUAUUAGAGAAAUGUUCUUGUAAGCCUGUGUCUAAUGUAUAUUUGUUUUAUGUUAAUGGCUUUGCCAUGACGUGCAGCUCAUAGUGACGAAGCACAGGACAUGAUGCAUUAAUUUAAAGGUGGAAGCAAAUGACCAUGUGAUUGAAAAGCAUACAUGGCUCCGGAACAAUCUUGUACUAUGUAAUAUUCAGGACAACAUUCUGAA